AUGGCAGAUAUUGAAGAGUUUGAUGAUUCAGUUGGUGAUGACUUGAAUAAUGACUCGGUUGAUGAGAGAGAUGAGUUGCCUCAGCACACUGAUCAACAGAUUGAGCAAAAUGAGCCGAAAAUUGGGAUGGAGUUUAAUGAUCCAGAUGAAUUGUUUGAGUUCUGCAAAAACUAUGCAAAGAUAAGUGGGUUUCCAAUUAAGAAACAUACAAGAAGGAAGAAUGAAAUGGGCAUUGUUAGAAGUGUGACCUUAGUAUGUGGUCGAGCUGGCAAACAUAAUAGUACUUGUCAAAAUCCCCUAAAACCACAAGCAAGCUACAGAGUUGGGUGUAAUGCAAAGAUAACAGCUAGGUUAAAUCUGGACGGAAGAUGGGAAAUAUCUGUGGUUGUUCUGGAGCAUAAUCAUGGACUUAGCCCUAGUAAAAGUCGUUUCUUUCGAUGCAACCGAAAAAUUAGUGCACAUGUUAGACAUCAAAUUAAUCUGAAUGAUCAAGCCGGAAUCAAAAUGAACAAAAAUUUUAGCUCACUGGUACACGAGGCUGGUGGAUAUGAAAAUAUGUUGUGUGAUGAAAAGGCUUGCAGGAACUUGGUUGAUGAAUCAAGGCGUUUACGUCUCGGCGAAGGUGAUGCUUCAGCGAUUAUGAAAUAUUUUUCAAGGAUGGUGGCAGAAAAUUCAGGUUUCUAUUUUGAUAUUGAAUUGGAUGAGGAAGAUCAUUUGAAAAAUGUAUUUUGGGCAGAUGGUAGGAGCAGAGAAGCUUACAAAGAGUUUGGUGAGGUCGUCACUUUUGAUACCACAUACUUAACAAAUAAGUAUGAUAUGCCAUUUGCACCAUUUGUUGGCGUUAACCAUCAUGGACAAUCAAUUUUACUUGGAUGUGGGUUGAUUUCAAAAGAAGACACAAAGACUUUCAUAUGGCUAUUUACGAAGUGGGUUGAAUGCAUGGAUGGAUGUGCUCCGCAAGGGAUAAUAACUGACCAAGCAAGAGCCAUGAAAAAUGCAAUUGAGAUUGUUUUUCCAAACACUAGACACAGAUGGUGUUUGUGGCAUAUAAUGAAGAAGUUGUCAGAAAAGUUAGGAAGAUACACUGAAUAUGAGGCCAUCAGUUCUACCAUGAAGGGAGUGGUGUAUGACACACAAAGUCCACAAGAGUUUGAAAAACAGUGGAAUGAAAUGGUUGACAUGUAUGGAUUGGAGGAUUGUGAUUGGUUAGGUGAAUUGUACGAGGAGAGAAAUCGAUGGGUUCCAUGUUUUGUCAAAAAUUGUUUUUGGGCAGGAAUGUCAACUACUCAGCGAAGUGAAAGCAUGAAUGCUUUUUUUGAUGGAUAUGUCAAUUCAAAAACAACUCUGAAACAGUUUGUUGAGCAGUAUGAAAAUGCAUUAAGAAACAAGGCGGAAAAGGAGAUGCGGGCCGAUGCAGAGUCAUUUUCAAAGGUAAAAGCUACUGCAACAACUUAUGAUAUGGAGAGUCAAAUUCAGGGAGUCUACACUUUAGCAAAGUUUAAAGAGUUUCAAGCUGAAUUCACGGGAAAGAUAUAUUGUGAUAUUGUAACCUAUCAGGAGGGAGCAGGGGUGCUUGAGUAUGUCAUUCGGGACUUGACUUUGCGGUUGGAGGGCGGCAAAAGGAUUCCUAAAUUCUUCACAGUAUCCUUUCGUGAAAAGGACAAUGAAGUUCAAUGUAGUUGUCAGUUGUUUGUGUUUAAAGGCAUAGUAUGUAGGCAUGCCCUUACCAUUCUUAUCCGUCACGAAGUCAGCUUUCUUCCGGAAAAGUACAUUUUAAGAAGGUGGAGAAAGGAUGUGAGGCGAGCCUACUCGAAGAUGAAAGUUAAAUUUAAUACUUGGGUUGUCACACCUGAACAAUUACGCUAUCGCGAGCUAUGUCUUGCAUUUAGUGAGGUUGCUGAUCUUGCUGCUCAAAACAACCAUGAAUGUGAGGUUGUUAAAAAAUGGAUAGACACCAAAUUUAGAGAAUUACAACUUGCUGAACCAAGUCAGAAAGGAAAAGAAGUACUGAUGAAUCAUGAUUUUGUGGAAGAAGAAAAGGAAUAUGAAAAGGAGGAAAAUGAAAACAUAUUGGAUCCUCUCUCUCAGACUCGUAAAGGUCGGCCUAGGCAAAACAGAAUUAAGCCAACAAGUAGGCGAAGAAGGAAGAAAAUUGAUCGAGAUGCUAAUAUGCCCAUCAACAAUCCAUCACAGUCUCAAGAGGGUGUUCUUUCCUACACACAAGAUAGCAUGGUUUCGAAUGCUUACAUGCCACUACCAAAUACUAUGCAUCAAUGGGGGAUGUGUUGGCCGGCACAACAAUUAACAAAUGAAAAUAUUUUGAUGGAUUUCAAAAGAGGAAAAGUACCUGUUUUGAAGUGGAGGCGGAUCUGGUUCAGGGGGCGGCGGCGACCAGUCACGAUGGAGGCGGAUCUGGUUCAGGGGGCGGCGGCAACCGGAUCUGGUUCAGGGGGCGGCGGCGACCAGUCUAGGAGCGGAUCUGCUUCAGGAGGCGGCGGCGAUGUGAUGGCGGCGGUGUGA